CGCCGGUCGGCUGACGCGGCUUGUGGCUUUCGGCUCGUCGAGCUUGCCUCGACUCGCUCAGUCGCACUCGAACCGCGCAUCGGUGAGGGUGCCGUGUCGCCCUCUGUCGGUAGUUUCUCUUUUCGGUGUAUGCGUGUGUGCGUACUUACGGGAACAGUUGCCACGCGAGUCGUACCACGUUGUCCUUUUUUAUAUUUUUCUUUCGUUCCAAUUUACGCUCGACAGGGACAUUUAAUCGUGAAGAAUUCCGAAUAAACUGAACUUUAGCGGAAUCAUUCGUACAUCUUUACGUUUUUUGUGCUUCUUGUUUAUCUACUUAUAACGGUCGGUAAAGGAGUAAAGUUUGUAAAUGCGCGAUAAAGUAUCAUUCGAAUUUCGUAUAUUGGUAUCACUGUUUUACGUUAUUAGUGUCAAUUUGAAAUUUUCACGUGAACAUUCGCGAAUUUUGAUAAUGUUAUAUCGAUAUAUUCUCUGGUUUUACGCGUAAUAAGGUUUUAAACGGUAAUUCGACGUAUGAAAUUCGGUGAAAACAAAUCGUGUGUGAUCAAAUACCGAGGUAUCAACAACGUUAAAGGUAAAAACUGUCAACACUCACCGUAUGUUCCAUUUUGAAAGCGAGACAGAUUCGACAUCUUUUACCAGGCGAUUAUUCCAACUCGUGAUUGCGUGAUACGUAGUAGUCCACUUGUUUUCUUCAUCCUUUCAAGUUUAACGGUCAUUUUGAAACAAUAUUGGACGCCAUUGAACGUUCGGUUUUAUUUCCAGUCGAUGCGAGGACACAGUGAAUAGUCGGUGCGCGCGUGUUUGUCGUCGACGUGCAGUUCGAAGUACAAUCAUACUCACGAGAAUAUGGGGAGUGUGGGAGAUAGAUCGUCUUCGGCGUAAUCUGGCGUUGACGUGACCUAGCCUAACGUAACUUUUGUUUGGGAUAUCGGUCGCCUGCGCCUCCAUUCCGUCACCCAUCCCACGGUUCCAUUCGUUCGGUGCUCUCGUGUGUGUGCUCACUUUUCUGGAGUGUGUGCGACUGCCUCGACAGCGACGAACGACUUCACACGUUUCCUCGAUUUUCUUCCAACCACGAAGUCGAAGAUGCAGUGAAACGUCAACGAACAAGCGAAGACGCACGCCCAACGACCCGGUUAUCGGCGAGAACACUCACCACCUUUCGGCCAUCACGAUGCCAGGAACGUGCUCGAUGACCGAUGCGGUCAGGAUCGUCGACAGUUAGUGAUGAGGAGGAGCAGGUUGUCGGCUCGCCGAUGGCUCAGGUCACCGCCAAUAUGCCGCCUCUCCGACCCGGACAGGACCUUCCCUUGCGACCCAUUUUGAUCGCCGUUUUCGUUUUUCUCUGCUCCCCGCCGCUCUGCCGCACCUUCGACUCGGGACAAUGUACCGCGGCACUGGGCAUGGAGAAUGGCGAAAUCCCCGAUGAAGAUAUAUCGGCCAGUUCUAUGUACGAUCCCAGUCUUGGCCCGAAACAUGCCAGGCUGAGACAAGACAAGGGCGGCGGUGCCUGGUGUCCGAAAAAUAUGGUCACGAAGGAAGGAAAGGAGUACCUCGAGGUGAAUUUGCACAGCCCGCGUGCACUGACGUCGACCAGGACUCAGGGCAGGUUCGGGAACGGGCACGGGGUCGAGUACACCGAAGAGUACUUCGUCGAAUAUUGGCGGCCGGGGUUCAACAAGUGGGUGCGAUGGAGAAAUCGACGUGGCAUGGAGCUUCUGGCAGGCAACAAUAAUCCAUAUUCGGAGAAGGAGCAGCUCUUCGACCCGGCGAUCGUCGCAACGAAGAUCCGUUUCAUCCCCUACACCUCCCACAUGCGUAUGGUGUGCAUACGAGUCGAGCUUUACGGCUGUCCAUGGACCGGAUACGAAUGGGUCGGUUGGAGGAACGACACCCCAAGCAUGCUCGGUCGUCCCGUUGAAAUUACCUUCGAGUUCGAUUAUUCGAGAAACUUCACUGCCAUACACCUGCACAUGAACAAUUACUUCACCAAAGAUGUGCAGGUCUUCUCCUACGCAAAGGUUUAUCUCGGCGCCGGCGGGAAUCAGUUCAACGGGGAGCCUGUCCAUUUCUCUUACAUACCGGACCUUGUGCUGGAACAGGCACGUGACGUUACCAUAAAGCUUCACUCGCGGGCUGGCCGUUUCCUUAAGCUUCAAUUGUACUUUGCGGCACGGUGGAUCAUGCUCAGCGAAGUAAUCUUUGAAUCAGUAAUCUCCGAAUGGAACAACACCGACGAUGAAGAGCCGAGGAACAAGAGCGCCAUUGUAUCGGCGACCGGCAUCCCCUAUCAGAAUAACGAGGGUCCACUGCAGAGAGACGAAGUAAAGGCCACUUUUAAUAAGGAGGAAAACAACGAUAAUGCUCUUCCGGACAAAAGCAAGGAGCCAGAAUCGAGGCAAUUCGUCGGCCUGGUUAUCGGUAUACUAACCACCGUGAUCGUGAUGCUUCUGGCGGCAAUCACGUUCAUUUUCUACAGGAAUCGAAGGUUGAAGGCCGCCCUCGCGCCUUCCACGUUCUACGAUCAACACGGCGACUUGAAGGUCUCGGUGCAGGAGGAGGGCGAGGACAAGGGACCAAUUUGCCCUCCGCUUCCGGCGCAGUACCACCCGGCCGCCUACGCCACGACGACACCGCAACUACACAAAACUAUCACGGAUUACAGCAGGAUGACGGAGGUGCAGCCGGUUAUUCCGCUGUUGCUGAACACUGCGAUCAAUCUUGCCAGGCCAAUUCCGUCGGUUCAAGAAUACUCGUCUAAUCCGCCGCCCAUACCGCCGCCACCGGAAAAGUAUUACGCCAGCACGGAGAUCUGUAAGAAUUCCCUGCCACCGUUGCCGCCAUCCCCGACGCCGAGCACGCCUCCCCCAAUGAGCGCGAAAGCCUCGAGCAGCAUGACAAGCUACAGUCCCGAGGACAUGCUCACGGAAGAGGAGGACGAGGUGGCCGAGUGCAUUUUAGACUUCCCCCGGGAGAAGCUCAACAUCGUUGAAAACCUCGGUUGCGGAUACUUUGGCGACGUUCACAUUUGCGAGGUCGACAGGUUUCCAGGCUACGACGAAGUUUUCCGGAACACAACCAGCGACCUGGUGAUCGUUAAGUCCCUGAGACCUGGAUCCUCGGAUGCGCUUAGGAUAGAAUUUCAAGAGGAGGCAAAAAGACUGGCGCGGCUGGCCGAUCGGAAUGUCGCGCGGCUGCUCGGCGCGAGCCUCGGGGACGACCCGAUGUGCAUCGUGUUGGAGAACGGCGAGUACGGGGAUCUGAAUCAAUAUCUGCAGAGGCAUAUAGCUGAAACGUCGACCGUGCACACCGCUAAGACCCUCAGUUUCGGCACGUUGAUCUACAUGGCCACGCAAAUAGCAUCCGGCAUGAAACACCUCGAGGAAAUGGACUUGGUGCAUCGGGAUCUCGCCACAAGGAAUUGUUUGGUGAGCCGUGGUUACACGGUGAAAGUGUGCGAUCUGGGCUCCGGAAGAAACGCUUACGCAGCCGACUAUUUCCGGGUGGAGGGUCGGCCGCCAUUGCCAAUCCGAUGGAUGGCCUGGGAAGCUAUGCUAAUGGGAAGGCACACAUCGAAGAGCGACGUCUGGUCUUUCGCGGUAACGCUUUGGGAGAUUUUAACGUUCGCAAGGGAACAACCGUUCGAGGAGCUGCCCGAUCAUCGCAUAGUCGAGAACGCAACGUAUUUUUACCAAGAGGACGAUAGAAGGAUCAUUCUUCCCCUGCCGAAAAACUGCCCCAAGGACAUCUACGAAUUGAUGCGCGAGUGCUGGCACAGGAACGACGUGGACAGGCCCAGCUUCCGGGAGAUCCACAUGUUCCUCCAGAGGAAAAAUCUCGGUUACAAGCACGCGGACACGAACGACACCUGAUACAGAGAGCUAGAAGGCUGGAACCUGAUCCGGCUUUCUAUGAUCGGCGAGCUGAACGGGAACUGGUGGAACUCCCCUUCCACGACCAAGUUACACCAGGUCAGACCAAGUUAGUAGUGUGUACAAGGAGAGGAUCG